UGGAGAGAAACUGAAAAAUAAGACAGUUCUUUGAUCACCUGGCUGGUCUGGAGUAAUUGAGCUGGAUAUGUUAUUUUUUUUUUUUUUCAAGGCGACUGAACUAACGUAAAAACCAGUCAUGAAUGACAGCAAUGUAAUAUUUGCUGUUGGUUUGGCUGUUGGAAUUUUGUUUCUUUCAUUUUGAUUCUCUGUUUGUUAGUGUUAUCAUCUUAUAAAACAGCUUUUAGUUGUCUCUCUUUGUGUUUUAUUUCAGCACCUGCCAGUUAAGAAGCAGCACAACCUUGGGUUCUGUAUUUCUAGCAGAGAGGCCUCAACUGUUCAGCAGAUAGCUUCUCUCCUGUAUCAUCCUACUCUGGUAUCUCCUAGAAUAUUCUUUGGCUUCAGGAACAGAGAGCCUUUAGGGAACGAUUCCUAAAAGUGCAGGUGGGCUAGCCAUGAGAGGGUACCUUGUGGCCAUAUUCCUGAGUGCUGUCUUCCUCUACUAUGUGCUGCAUUGUAUAUUGUGGGGAACAAAUACCUAUUGGGUGCCACCUGUGGAAAUGAAGCAGCGAAACAAGAUCCAGCCUUGUUUAUCAAAGCCAGCAUUUGCCUCCCUCCUGAGGUGUCCUCAGUUUCACCCUUUUCUGUGUGCAUCUGAUUUUAAAAAGAUUGCUUCCUUACAUGGUAGUGAUAAGUUUGAUUUGCCCUAUGGGAUAAAAACAACAGCGGAAUAUUUUCGACUUGCUCUUUCAAAACUGCAGAGUUGUGAUCUCUUUGAUGAGUAUGACAAUGUGCCGUGUAAAAAGUGUGUGGUGGUUGGUAAUGGAGGGGUUUUGAAGAACAAGACAUUAGGAGAAAAAAUAGACUCCUAUGAUGUAAUUAUAAGAAUGAAUAAUGGUCCUGUUUUAGGGCAUGAAGAGGAAGUUGGGAGAAGGACAACCUUCAGACUAUUUUAUCCAGAAUCUGUUUUUUCAGAUCUCAAUCACAAUGAUCCCAACACCACAGCGAUUCUUGUUGCUUUUAAGCCACUUGAUUUAAAGUGGCUGAUGGAAUUGUUGGCAGGUGGAAAAAUAAAUACCAAUGGUUUUUGGAAGAAACCAGCCUUAAACUUAAUCUAUAAGCCAUAUCAAAUCAGAAUAUUAGAUCCUUUCAUUAUCAGGACAGCUGCUUAUGAACUGCUUCAUUUUCCAAAAACAUUUCCCAAAAAUCAGAAACCCAAACACCCAACAACAGGGAUUAUUGCCAUCACACUGGCGUUUCACAUAUGUCAUGAAGUUCACCUAGCUGGUUUUAAGUACAACUUCUCUGACCUCAAGAGCCCUUUGCACUACUAUGGGAAUGCCACCAUGUCUUUGAUGAAUAAGAAUGCAUAUCACAAUGUGACAGCAGAACAGCUUUUUUUGAAGGACAUUAUAGAAAAAAACUUUGUAAUCAACUUGACUCAAGAUUGACCAUAUGAACUCAGAUGGUAACAGUAUUGGUUUUAUUUUUGUACUGCAAUCUUUAGUUUAUUUUUGAAUAUGUUGAACUCAUAAAAUAAUUAUGUACAUUGUCUGUUGCUGCCUGGUGAUUUAUAACCACCAGCUUAAUCUCUGUGAAUUUAUUUAUGAAAACCAAGAAAUAGUUAAGAUAUCAGGGAAGUUUUGCUUGUGUUGUGUUUUUAACAUAAGCUAGUUUUUUGGAGGUGUUUAAAAUUGUCUUUUUAUAGUUUCUUUAUUGUAGGUGUCGGAGAUGUAGUUUACCAUGUUUGACUGUAAUGUGUCACUUUGAGAGGAAUGUUUGUCUACUGUUAUAGCUGGCAGAUGAGAAAUUGGCAAGUGAUUUUGUGUUAAUGUAGCCACUCACUUGUGGAUCUUAAGUUUAUAGUGGUUUAAUUAUGCUUUUACCUCCUGCAAUUAAUUAAAGUCAUUAGAAUGAGUAAUAAUUUGGUAGCUAGGAAAGAUGGUAUACAUUACAGUUUUCUUUUUAAGUUAAAGAAAAUAGGCCAAACAUGAGAUUCUGGAUGUCAAUGAAUUACUUAAUGGCUUUGCAUUACUUUAAUAAAGCUUUCCUUGACACAAAUAAGGAAAAGAAACUUCAAGGAAAGAAAUUUUAAAGGAUUAUUAGAUCUUUUUUGUUUUGCUUUGUUUUUUUGACAGUCCCAUGUGCUCCAGGCUGGCCUUGAGUUGGUGAUCAUUUGCCUGGCUCUUGAGUACUGAGGUUUCUGGCAUGUGAUUACACGUUUGACUUAAAUUUUUUCCCUUGGCUUAAUUUAUUCAUUAAAUUUUGAGUUUCUAUUUGAAUUGGGAAAUAUACAGUCUUAAAAAAUCAAGAUAUUUCUUGACUUCUUAAUUUAAAAACCCCCAAAUCCAACAUUAAAUUUAAUCUUCAAAUGAAAAGUUUACCUGGCUGUUUUAGGGGCACCAGAGAAGGAUAUCAUGAAAUGCAAACUGGCUACUGCCCUUUCUGCAAGUUAAUACAACCAAAAGCUAUUUUGGAGAGAGAGAAUAACAGGUGAAGAAAUCAAAUAGUAAAUGUUAUGAGGAUGGAAUUGAAAGGUGUCAGUAGACUUUCAAACAAUUAAUAUGUGGUUAACACAGGUGUUAGUGACAACCAGGGUCAGUAAAGGAGUAAGUGGAACUCUUUUAAGCAGCCUGUAAUGCAGAGAAAAAAUAGUUGACUAAACAAACCUGAUGUUAGUUAUAUGGACUUAGUUCUGCUGACAAUGCAUGCUCAUUCAGUACUCUGGUUUCAUUUGGUUUUCCUAAUAACUGCAAUGGAAAGGUUGAAGACUGAAAUGCACAUGUGUUCAGAUGUGUUGAGGAUAUUUUCCUCACAUCACAAAGCCAAGGCUUGUACUUACUGCUUAAAUUGAGUUUGAUAUGAGGUAAAAAUCAGGCUUCAAAAUGGAGGUGGGGGGGCGGAAUAUUAAAGCAAAAUGCCAAUAGCAUUUUCAAAUGUUGCUAUUAGCACUAUAAUACUAAACAUAAAAUUAUGAUGUUAAAACUGAGAAAUAUGGCAAUUUAUAUAAUAUGGCAACCUACAAACAUCAGUCAUUUUAUUUAAGUCAAAUAAUUUCAGCAAGACAUAUUUAUAUAUAUAUAUACUAUACAAUUUAUUAAAAACAUGAACACAUUAAAAUCUCACUAUUUAUACAGUCUAAAUUCUAGCAACAUAUACAAAUACUGAGUGACUACAGUACAUGCCGAGGUAAGAAAAAAUACAUUCUGGGAGAAUCCUGCAGACACCCAACCGUUUUUACUUCCAUUAUGUAUUUCAAUACAUGUUUCCUUGCUACCUUUCCCUGUGCCAAAAAAAGGAGAAAAAAAGAAAAAGAAACUAGUCACAAGUUGGAUUAAAUGAGAAUUGGUGCCAGAGUUGAUGGAAAAGAUAAAUAACCAUCCAACUCUGUAAAUUUCGCACUUUAGGGACUUACAAAUUCAGAGUCAUUAUUAUUAUUAUUACUGUUAUUUUCUUUUUAAGGCAGCACUUCAUCAGUUCUCUUAAGAGGGUUUGAAAACCGUUCAAUGUCCCACAUAAUCUGUUCGUUCUUAUCAGCUGUCACAUCUGCCAGUGUUUGCACAGCCCUUUGCUCUCCAAGGGACAAGACAUAGAAGGUCAACUUUAUUUAUCACUGUCUACAGCUUUGUGGACACAUCCAUGUUUAGAUGAGCUCAUAUUCUGCUUUCUCCUCUCUGAGUAUCAUAAUUUUAAUUCUUCUGUACUUGAACCGGUUUUUUGUUUUGUUUUCAUCAGUGAAUAAACCCAUUUGUUCAAUGCAAAGUGCAAAUAGUGAAUUUGAACUUCCAUAACUGGGCUAGAUCUGGUGCAUGCAACUGGAUCUAUUUAGAUUUACAGAAUUUAAUAAAAUAACAAACCAGAACUCACAGUAAGGAUCAAGUAACAGCCAAGCCUAUAAUUUUAUGAAACCCACAAUGGUCACACUUGCCACAUCAUUGUUGGCUUCUGUUUCUAAAACUGUAUUGUUAGGGAAAAUUUACUCCAAUAAACCAUGGUAACUUGAGUUAAUUAUUCCAUAUGAAGAGUAAAAAUCAAGGAAAUUUUGUCAAAUGAUUACUUUCACAUUCUCAGUUGUUACUUGAUUGUCUCCAAUGCUAUAUAUUUCAAACAAAUAAUGUACUAAAAAACAAAAAUUUAAGAAAACAAUAUCCUUAUAUGAAAA